UGGGUGAGGUCGUUGACACUUUCUGUCUGAUAUAAACAAACUAAAAUUAAUUUAAAUAUAAAGUAAACAAAAGUGACAUAAAUAUGGCAUUAAAAGAUAAAGCUGAAGCGUACUUCGGCAAUAUAAAUUCGAUGGCAAAUCGUAUGACUAUCGAUAUGAAACAAACCAAGCUGAGCUAUGAGAACCUAUGGCAAACAUUAUCCUAUGAAGAGCAACAGCAAAUUCUGAAUCAAAGUAUUAUUAAACCAGAAAUUUCACUCAAGUAUCCCCAUGCUAAAGAGUGUGAUCCAAAGAAGACUGAGUUUGCAGUAAAGAAGAUUGUGGAUGAUAACUGUAUGUAUCGUGAUGAGCAUUCAGGACCCUUCAGUUUUCAUACAUCUAGUCAAAGAGAUCUCACAAUAUUCAGCAAGAAGAUUAGUCCCAAGAAAGGAGUCAAGGUGAUUCCUCCAAAAGCAAUAGCUAUUGUGAUUCCUCCGAAAGUGAUUAUUGCACCACAGGAAUCAUCUGAUGCUGAUGAUGGAGAUACUGACUCUUUGAGUCAUUUUUUACCAAAAACAGGACUGGAUAUGUUAGAUAAUUGGUGAUUUUACAUCUCAAUUAUGUUUUAAAUACUCAAAUAUCCUUUUUGUAUCCAAAGAAAUAAUGUACUCAUAUUUAUA